AUGACAAUUGAACUCAAAAGGCUUGAAGACUCAAGAGGUUUCUUUCAUUAUCCGAUCGGGUCAGAUCCGAUCAUCGGUGUCUCGAUAAUCCGAUUGACGUCAAGAACGGUCAAGAAGGUCAACAAGAAACCUUCAAGUCUCAAGAAUCCAUACGAUCAUAUUCGCAUUGAAAAGAACUCAACUCAGCUUCAGAGAAAAUUGAUAGCUGAAGAAAAAUCGUAUCGUCAAGAAUUAAUUGAACAAACUAAAGCUUUGAGUGGUUUUAAAAAAGUAGAAGGUGAUGAAGAUUAUGAAUGGAAAUUAAAAAAACAAAAAGAAGUGAUUGAAGAAACUAAAAAAAUGAUACCUGAUGCUCAACUACGACUUUCAAAAUCUUUAGUUGAACUUCAAGAACUGGUUGGUGCACAUGAAGAAGAAUGGGCUGGUACAGAAGAACUCUUAAAGGCAAAAGAAUUAAUCAAAGAUGGUGAAGAAGCAGUAGAAGCGAUUUCUAAAACUUGA